AUGGCGUGCCCUUUUGAUGAGGAUCCUGUGGACGUAGAAGCACAAAUUAUACAAUUUUUUUUUCGUCGGGAGAGGGUUAUAAGACCGCAUAUUGAUGUGUUUGCAUACCCUAAUGAAUAUUUGACAGAGCGUUAUCGUUUUUCAAAAGAUUCGUUAGUUUAUUUAACACGUCUUUUAAAACCGCAUAUCGCAAAUGUGACAAACCGCGUUUCUGCGCUUAGCACAGAAAACAUUCUGUGCAUAGCACUUAGGUUUUUUGCGUCUGGCUAUUUUUUGUACAGUGUGGGCGAUUCAGAGCAUGUGGGAAAGGCAACUGUGUGUAGAGCCGUUCGUACAGUAUGUCUGGCACUUAAACAGUUCUUACCCAUGUUUGUGCAGUUCCCUGGCCAUAAACCUCUGCUUGUUAUUAAAGACGAAUUCCACAGAGUGGCAGGGUUUCCAAAUGUAACUGGGUGCAUUGAUGGCACUCACAUUCCUAUUAAAGCUCCACCAAUAAACGAGGGAGACUAUGUUAAUAGGAAAUCUAUUCAUAGUAUCAAUGUGCAGGUAAUAUGUGAGUCAAUCCAAAUCACUACCAAUGUCGAGGCAAAAUGGCCAGGAUCUGUGCAUGAUGCCAGAAUUUUCCGCGAGUCAUCAUUAUGCCAGACAUUUCAGCAGGGAAUGUUUUUACAAUGGUUACUUGCUGGGGACAGAGGAUACCCUUGUCUGCCCUAUUUAAUGACACCCUACCCUGAACCUGGACCACAGACACGAUUUAACCUGGCUCACAGCCGAACACGGGCCAAGGUGGAGAUGACUAUAGGGAUCCUCAAAUCUCGGUUUCAGUGUCUGCGUGGGCUCUGGGUUAGUCCAGAGAGGGCAUGCGACAUUAUAGUGGCUUGUGUUGUGCUUCACAAUAUUGCCACUAUAAGAGGAGAGAGCCACCCUCCUUGUAUUGAGGAAGAUGGCCCAGAGGAACACCUACAGAUUUUAGAGGCCAACAGAGACGGAAGACUUUUGAGAGACAGGAUCUGUCAAAAUUACUUUUAUUAAUUUUUUUGCACUGGUCUGCCAGGCAGUUUAUUUCUUUAUUUCCUGAAAAACAAUAAAAGUAAAAUUCAAUAAAA